AUGGUCGCAAAGAUUUUAAUUGCAAGCUUCUGUGUCGCUUCCGUAGUGCUGGCUCUGCCUCAGUCAGAGGAGGAAAUUAAAAGCGCCAAACGACGACAGUACAUUCAGCCUCUAGCGGGUGCGGCUCAAAGCCCCCGAAACAUACAGUUAGCUGCUGCUCCAAUGCUAGCCCAAAUGGCCCCUCCACCCAUGCCGGCAAUGGCUGCUGCUCCUGCACCUCCACCAGUACCAGUUGCUUUUCAACCGGCUGUAGCAGUAGCACCAACCGGGCAAUGCCCAGGAGGCCCUUCGCUUCCCAUCGAGUGCGACCCCAAGCGUCCAUGGCCUCAGUGUCCACCUCAGUCUUACUGCUAUGCCACCAACUCUGUCGAUAUUGGACCAUACUUUUGUUGCCCCAUCUGUGAGUGA